GGAGAGGUGACUUCUCUAUCUUGAGGCUGAAAUAAAACGCGACCAUGUUGCAAAGGUGCAUUUUUAAAAGAAUUAUCCGACCGUUUUAUUCAGGAAAUCAAGGAACCCCCAGAGGUCUGGUUUCUGGGUUCCCCACUGCGCUGCCGGAUGGACACAGAGCGGCCGGGGUCAGGAGCAGAUCGAGUCUCCCAAAUGUGAGGGAGCGGACUCUCAUAGCUGUAAAGCCAGAUGGAGUUCAGCGGCGUCUUGUCGGACAAAUCAUUCAGCGGUUUGAGCAGCGGGGCUUCAAGCUGGUUGGCCUGAAAAUGCUGCAGGUGUCUGAGGACCUCCUGUCUCAGCACUACUGUGAACUGAGGACAAAGCCCUUCUACCCCAGUCUGCUGGGUUACAUGACCUCAGGACCUGUGGUUGUCAUGGUGUGGGAAGGGCAAAAUAUAGUCCAGACGUCACGUACCAUGGUGGGACAUACUAACCCAGCUGAGGCCCAGGCAGGCACCGUCAGAGGAGAUUUCAGCAUUCAUGUCAGCAGGAAUGUGGUCCAUGCCAGUGAUUCACUGGAGGGGGCUCAAAGAGAGAUCCAGCUGUGGUUUCAGGGAAAAGAGCUCCUGAACUGGGACUGCUGUGACCAGAGCAGCACCUGUGAGCUGUGAAGACGCUGAGAGUUGAAUGCAGUGAGAAUCAGUAAUACUUCCUCUUCUCCUGCUGCUUAAAGUUCGGUCUCUUCUGAAAGCGUGACCGCAGUGAUUGGAAAAAAAGGGGCCAUAUUCAGUGUUCCUACCAAAAAAAAUAUACCUCAGUAAGUUCACUUACAACCACAUAGAUUUUCGGUAAAAGCAAAUGUGAUUGAAAUAUUUUUUUUUUUUUUUACUAAUUUUUUUUAUAAUUCAAGCUACAUUAGCAACUAUGCACAUAUAGCUGAU